AUGACUGAUCUAACAUUUAGUGAAGAAGAAGUUUCUUAUGUGUUGAGAUCACUUGAUUCAAGCAAAGCAACAGGUCCUGAUGGUAUUCCUGCAAGACUACUGAGGGAAACAGCAGAUGUGAUAACACCUUCCCUGUGCAAGCUGUUCAAUAUAUCAGUUAUUUCAGGAACAAUACCAGAUGAAUGGAAAUUGGCUAAUAUUGUGCCCGUGCACAAGAAAGGUGACAAAGAGUAUGCUGAGAACUAUCGCCCAAUUUCUCUAUUAUGUAUUACAUCGAAAGUUCUGGAACGCUGUGUCCUAAACAACAUAAAAACUCGUUUGUAUGAUGCAGUUAACAUGUGUCAACAUGGGUUCAUGGCCGGGAGAUCUUGCAUAUCAAACCUCAUUGACACUCUUGACUACGUUGGAUCGUGUUUAGACAGUGGAGGACAUAUAGACAUGAUUUAUAUGGAUAUGUCAAAGGCAUUCGACAAGGUCGAUCAUGAUGUAUUAAUACGAAAGCUGCAGAAAGACUAUGGUUUUGGAGGUAAUCUCCUCAGAUGGUUUCGUUGCUAUCUAGAAAAUUGUAAACAACGCGUUACAGUGUUAGGAGCAAUGUCAGACCUACUUCCUGUCACGUCUGGUGUACCGCAAGGUUCAAUACUUGGUCCAGCAUUGUUCCUCCUCUACGUCAAUGAUCUGCCAAGCAAUGUGAAGUCAAGUCGUGUUGCAAUGUUUGCGGACGAUACCAAAGUCUUCAAGGCAAUACAAUCGCCCAAUGAUGCAAUAAAGUUACAGGAAGAUAUCACUAACUUGGGGAUCUGGUCAUCUGAAUCUGGCGUACAAUUCAACGAAGCAAAAUGCAAAGCACAAUCCAUUACCCGUAAAACCAAUCCAAUCCCUACCACCUAUUUUAUGAAUGACGCUCCACUAGCAUCAAUUAAGCAAGAACGUGAUCUUGGUGUCUGGAUAUCUUCCGAUUUGACAUUGAACAAGCAUGUCAACAAACAGUGUGCACAAGCAAAUAAAAUGCUUAGCUACAUCAGACGGAACACACGAACAAUUAACAGCAUUAAAACAAGAAGAACCAUUUACCUGUCACUGGUACGAUCACAUCUUGGUUACGCGACGCAAGUCUGGACACCCCAAUCUACCGAACUUCUGCUCAAACUAGAAAAACCUCAAAGACGUGCUGCAAAAUACAUUCUUAAUCUUCCAUUUAUCAGUUCAGUAAAUUACAAAUCCAGAUUGCAAACUCUCCAUCUACUGCCCAUAUGUUACUGGCAUGAAUACCUUGAUGUGAUUAAUUUCUUCAAAGUAACUCAUGGCAUUACCAGCUCGUCCUUUGCCUUGCACGCCAAGACAACAAGAUAUACAAGAUCGCCCACUAACACGAAAGGUGUAAAGUACGAAGUCCCGCGGUGCAAAACAACAACCUACCAAAGAUCAUACUGGAUAAGAAGCAUCAGAACAUGGAAUACAUUGACGGUCAUACUUGACUUGAGUAUGGAGAACCUGAACUUCAACACAUUCAAGUCUGUAAUGCGAGAGUACCACCAUACUGCAUUAACGAACACAUACGAUUGUGAUGAUGUACGAACUUUUAAAACGAUUUGCCCGAAAUGCAAUAGAGCAAGGACUUUAACGAACUCGAUGAACUGUUGUUUUUAGUCUCUAUUGUUUAAUUGUUAUUUGUGUUAUUGAUAUUUGUCUCUUAACGUUUUGGGCCCGCAGUAAUUGGUUUCAGGCUGUUGCGGAUACCCAACCAUCAACUCAGUUUAUGUCAUUGUGUUAUGCAUGUAUAUGUGUGUGUAUAUUUCUGUACAGUAGUGAUGGAAAAGCAAUUAAAUUAAAUUAAAUUAAAUAUAAUCCCCGAGCCGACGGCGCGAAGCGCCGUGCGAGGUUACUAAUUCCCCCCGGCUAUUUACAUCCAGGGAAGGGAAGCAUUAGCGAAGUCAAAAGUUCAUCAAAUAUCGUGGGCGUGGGUCACUUUGCGUGUUUCGGUGGGUGGUCAUCCUCACUGAUCUCAUAAUAUAGCGGACUGUAAUGAAUAGCCAACACUGAUUGGUCCAAUUAAAAAUUGGCAUUAUAACGGCUGCAUGACGAUUGACGACAGCGAAAUUGAUUUGAUGAUUUUUUGCAAAUAUAUUUCAUUUUUGCAAGAUUUUGUAAAUUGCAAAGGAUUUUUGAUGAAAUAAAGGCAAGAGGAUUGCUAAAAGAAGGAAGUAAAGGUGCCUACGUUAACGAAGGUAAGUUUGUUUUAAAUAUUGAUGCAUUGUUUGCUUUUAAUAUACUGUAAUCCCGGCUGUAAUUACUUUAAAAGCCGAUCGUUGCGUAGCUAUAUAAAAUAUGAAACAAGACAGCGUAUUAUUUCAGUGUUUCUUUAUUGAUUACACUUUUUAUUAUACUAAGCAAAGUUAUUUACAUGGGAGAAUUUGGAAUCAUUUUAUUUCGAACUCAAAGUUUAUCGAUAAAGGCAGUUUAGUUCUAUAUUAAAAGAACAUUUUCAAACGUUUUGCGAAGCGUUUGUGGUUGAAUUUUACCUUAAAUUGAAGCUUUAUUACGUAUAAUAACAUACUUACGGUAAUUAUUUUAAAAGCCGAUCGUUGUGUAUAAAUAUGAAACAAGACAGCGUAUUAUUUCAGUGUUUCUUUAUUGAUUACAUUAAAACGUUUUGCGAAGCGUUUGUGGUUGAAUUUUACUUUAAUUUCAAGCUUAUAUUACGUAUAAUAACAUACCUAACAUAUAUAUGUUUAGGAAAUUGAUAAUUUUGUAAUUAAAAGCGAUAUUUAUAGGGGAUUUUUCAUUUGUAAAAAUAUUCUUAAAAAUUAUCGUGUUACCAUGACAACUACUUAAAAUACUUCACGUUCGGAAAAUAGGCGAGGGUUUCUGCACGCGUGUAUUUUCUAGUAAGCUAAUAUAAGAAGCUAAUAUAAGAACAGGAUAACCAAUUGUUGGUUAGUCUCGGAUAGCACAAAACACAGAAGCACGUAUCUUAAGAAUUCUUACAUGUAUGUAUAUAUUGGCAUUGUAUUCUGACAAUGCAUACUUUGCUGAUGCAAGUUGAUGAUUUGGAGAACAAAAAUGCUAUUUCUUGUUGCUUUCAGUCCAAUUUUAAAAUUUUUACCACUAAAAAACUUCAUUCAAAUACUAUAGGUGGCGGUUCAUUCUCAUCGAAGAGAAGGAGGGCAAAAAACCCUCUUUGCCAACUCAUGCUUUUCGAAGGAAGUCGCCCUCAUAUUUUGAAGCAAUUACUUUGCAUGACCUAGCUAUUAUAAGCCUGCCAAUCAAAUAUCCUGGUUCACUCUUUGUUUAGUCCCAAGCAGCCCUCGAAAUGUCAGAGUGAUUGUUGAAGGAAAUGCUCUUAUUGUGUCAUGGCUGCUACCAGAAUAUCCAUAUGGUGAAAUUAAACAUUAUAUAGUGUCAUGGAGGAGAAGUAAUAGAAACGAAAUUUAUAUGAAGGAAAAUGUCACCUCAAGUCCUUUUGUAAUAAAACAUUUAGGCAAGUAUUAAGUUACCACUAUGCUUGCCCAUUGCAAAGAAUACAUCAUAGUUAAAAUAUUAUCCCAAGAUUAAUAAAGGGAAGCCAUCAUUCAUGAGACGCCCAGCGAAUAAUUGAAAAUUUCAUGUUUGAAUCAAUACCUCGAUGUGCAUUUCCAACAAAUUAAAUCCUGUCAUUUUAUUUGUAUCGAGGUCCAAUUCACUCAAAUCGAAAUAAAUCAUUCGGCGUGAAUAAAUUUACAUAAUCAUCAUAAUUUGGUGCGUUUCAGCGGAAGUGCUGUGAAGUAUCAGAAUGGCACCCGAUUAUUAUGGUUAGAAUGCUGUGCAAUAAUUUUGAAUACGGUUACCAGCUGAAGAUUACAAUUGUAGUAUAUUGUGCGUUUUACUCAUGCCAGUGGAGGAUCGGAAAGUUGUUGAAUAUUGGUACACUUUACAACACAUAUUUGUAUUGAAAAAUACUUUGCUGUCACAAUCCAUUAUAUGCUGUAUAGGAUACCAGGAUGGAGGGAAAACAGGGCGGUUUUCUCCGGCCUCCGGCUACCUAUAUAGCUGAAGCGCUCCCCAAACGAAAUAGGCUGUAUUGCCCAUAUAGUUAUUUCUGUUAAAAAUUCUCCUAGAAAGCAGGAAUUUGCAUCUCUGCAUUUCUAGAUUACUCACGAUUCCCUCUCAAAACUAAAGGACGCACUACUCCUGUUAACUAUACUGAAUGUUCAAGAAUAUAAAAAUCAGUUCUCUAUAGCACUGCAUGAGCAUAUGACGUCAAAUAUCUCCGACGGCGAAAAAUCUCUAGAGUUAAAAUUUCCCCCGCCCCCCUCCCCCCAAAUGUCCCAGUGCGAUUUUUACGUUACAAAUUACUUUACUUAUUCUGAUUUUAGACGAAUUUACGUCUUAUUCAGUAAAAAUUCAGGCCGUCAAUAAUGUUGGAAAUGGAAACAGUUCAGAUCCUGUACUUGCUGAAACACAAACGACACAGGCUGAGCCGACUGAUGAUAAAAGCUCAAAUGCUGGUCUAACCGCAGGGACAGUGAUUGGGGCGAUUCUCUUUUUUAUUCUGGCGUUGAUUGUUUUAUUUUUUCUGCGAAGAAAAGUCUUGAAACGACGGCAUAAUGAAUCAGUACGGGUAAGAAUGAACGUUGUGUACUUUCCUUACAAUUUAAAAUAAACAUAAUAAUAACACGUAACGUAACUUUUAGAAUUGACAAUGGAUGUGUUUGACACUUGACAGAAAUAUAUCUGCCUAUCAUCAGGCAAUAUAUACAACAAGGUUAUACUUUAAAAAAAUAAAAUUAUGGUCGAUCCGUCUAACAAGACAAAAUUAAUGUUUAUUGCCAUGCUCACUUACAUUGUUACAUAAUUAUAAGAAAUGUCUCAUCAAUGCAUUUUUUAACGAUUCUUCAAUGGUGGGGCAAAACUGCCAAAUGGAUAUUUUCUCCAUGCCUCCCAGGGAAAUUUUAAAUUUGAGUCUCUGAAAUAGCAAUUCCUGCACAUUCUGAGGGCAAAUUUUUAAAAUCUUAACUUCUCAAAAUAAAGUUUUAAUGGUGAAAUUUGUAAUAAAUUGCAUGCUAAACAUUCAAACACAGCUUAUAGAAUUCAAAGUAUAAUCACCGACAAAUUUUGUUUUUAAUUAAACUUCUUUCAAUGUAAACUCGUUUACUGAAUACAGGUCUUAGGACCCUGGCUUUGGGACAAUAGGCCAUGUUUUUUCUUUAGUGGUGGGGCAGAUGAAGGGGCCCAGUGGGGCAAAUGCCCCACCAGUCCAUGGUAUUAAAAAAUGCCUUGUGUCUCAGUCAAUAUAAACAGAACAUAAUUUCCUUAUCUUAUCAAAUGCAGGAAUUCCAUUCAAAUCGCUUGGAAUUAGGACGUCAAAACAACGUAGAUGCAUUACAACCAGCCUCCCAAACGUCAGAGUCGCAGCCUAAAGCCACUGCACAAGCAGGUUGGUUAAAGUUGAUCUAACGGGUUGUAAUUUCACGUUUUAAUUUCAUUUUUUUAUAUUUAUUUAGUCUGAUUUUUUCAGAUAUUCAUAUAAUAGUUAUUAGUAGGCCAAUAAUUAAAAUUAAGAGCAACAGAAUUUUGCUGAGGACGAAUAAUUAUACAUGUUUUCGGUGAAUAUUUAAUGAUUAUAUAAAAAAUUGUCAUUUUUUCUAAUGUUGAUAAACCACAAACAGCAAUGCUGGCAUGCAUGCUUACAGUUAUUCUAGCCAUAUUAUAAAAACGACAAUAUGAUAUAUAAAGAGAAAUUUGCAAUAUUUCCUGGUAUACUUACUGUACCCUAACUGGAGAAACCAAACCAUAAAGACCAGAGUGCGAAGAAGCAAAUAUGGGUUUGCAGUUUCUUGGUGCGUUCUAGUUUGAAAUGAUAUUCUAUAGGAUUCUAAAUUAGGCAAACUAAAACGAUUAAAAUAUUUUAGAUCAUUCGGAAAAUCUAUAUUAUGUGGCGCUUUUGAUGGAUUGGGAAAUUAAGCCAGACAGUCUCAACAUAUUGGGAAUAAACCUGGGCAAAGGAAAAUUUGGAAUUGUUAAACAAGGAUUAUUAACAACUGGUAAAGGUGAACCUGAAGUUGUUGCUGUGAAAAUGCUAAAAGGUAAGAAAUUAUCGUAUAAUUAG